UGUGUGUUUGGCCAUCUUGAUCUACUUCCUUCCUCUGCUGGUGAUGGGUUGGGCUUAUCUGGUGGUGGGACUGACUCUCUGGGCCAGUGAAAUCCCCGGAGACUCUUCUAAUCGCUACAAGGAACAGCUGACUGCCAAACGCAAGGUGGUGAAGAUGAUGAUCGUGGUGGUUUGUACGUUUGCCAUCUGCUGGCUGCCCUACCACGUCUUCUUCUUGCUGCACCAGUUCUUUCCUGACAUGUUUAUCGAAAGGUUUAUCCAGCAGGUUUACCUGGCCAUCAUGUGGCUGGCUAUGAGUUCCACCAUGUACAACCCUAUCAUCUACUGCUGCCUCAACGACAGGUUUCGUGCUGGUUUUAAACAAGCAUUCCGCUUCUGCCCGUGUGUCCCGCGAGGCUCUUAUGAAGGCCUGGAACUCAAGUCCACUCGUUACCUUCAGACCCAGACAAGUGUUUUCAGGGCCAGCCGGAUGGAGACUACCGUGUCCACUGUUACCCAGGUUGGGGAUGACAUGGAGCCGCCAAGAGUCAAGGCAAAAGCAGGUCCACGGCACGGUGGAGCUGCGGUCGGGGCCAGACCACAUAGUUCCUCCUUGGACCUGACCUCCAAUGGGUCAUCGCUCCAGAGCGUCUCCAAAACGGUCUCAGAGACGUCCAGUUUCUACUCUAGUAACCACUUGCAGGAAUAGACCUCAAAUGCAGUUUGCAGGACAGCUGGAAAAGAGAGUGAGUUGAUUGUUCAUUUAGUUGCUUUUACCUGUGUAUGUUGCAACGUUACAGCGUAAACGUGUGAGUUAGUCUGCCAGUGACUGUGGCUGGGUUUUUCAUGAGUACAUUUUCACUCGAAUGGCAUGCCAGGUAAUUUGCAAGUGAGACUAAGUCCCUGUUCACUGAGCGUCAUCCUCACUCUGUAACAAGUACUCAUGCCGCUCACAGUUAAUGAUCAACUCGCAUUAGAAAGGUUUGCUCACUGCCAAAAAGUUAUGACAAGCAUGACAUGUACAGUAUGACAUGAGCAAAUUCCAGUUCAAAAGGUACAUAGCAGCAGAUGCUAGCGCCUACCAUCUUCACAGCCUUCACUUGUCACAACAGCCUGAUCUCAGUGCAGAGGGAACGUUCACACAUCCUCAAUCGCACAAGCGGUGUGACUUCUCAUAAGUCUAUUUUCGAGUGGCGCUAUAACAUUAGACCAUCAUGCUGUGAACACCGCGGCUUCUCGUUUUAACAGAGCUGUUGUUCGCAAAGACACAGAGCUUGGAGACCUCUACACCUGUAAUGGAUUAAAUCCUGGUUUUCACAGUAACUCUCUGCGCAGAAGACACAAGUUG